AUGUCGAAACAAUCUUCACCCAAGCACAUGCAUGUCCCAACUGAAGCUAGUGGGUCCUCUUCCACAACUAUUAGGGAAAAUGAACCAUUCCAAAUGAUCAAUCUGGAUGAUAUGGUCUUGGAUGUUGCUCCCUUAUCCACGAUUCAUCCACCCCCUCAGAAGAAAGUUACGCCAUCUGUGUUAAAUAAUGUCAAGACUUCAGGUAAGUCUUCUGUUUCUGAACCUAUAAACCCUAGUGAAGAUAAAAAAAUUAUUGAAGAAGGGUCUAGGUCUAAAGGGUCUGAGAUGAGAAACCCUACUAUGUAUGCUGGCGGCACUGGGAAUCAAACGGAAGCGGAAAGGAGUGCCAUUGAUAAGGAACUUAGGAAGUUUGUUACCUCUAUAUUGAAGGAAGUGAACUCAAAUGUUUUUCCAGAUGUUCAAACAUCUUUUGCAAAACAAAUUAGCCCUGAUAAUGUUUCUAGUGAAAAAGUUGAGGAAAAUGUUCCUGAACAUGAUGCUCUUGAAAGAAGGAGUAAGAAGAAGGCUGAUGAGUGUGUCCCUGAGCAUGCUGCUCAUGAGAGAAGAAGUAAAAAGAAAUUGGGUCAUGUUGUCAAUGUUGAUCAACUAACUUCUGAUGAGGAGCCUCUUACCAAUAUUGUGACUCCUGGUAUAGCCAAGAGACUUCAGAGACGAAAAGGAAAGGUAGUGGUGUUUGAAGAUUCUCCCUCCAAGGAGAUAAAAAGAAAAUCUGGUGGUUUGAAAAGCACUCCCUCUAGAAGCUCCAUAGGAAAAUCUCAUAUUGGUCCUACUAGAUCAUGGAGUAAAGUUGUUACCCCUACUAGGAAGAGGAAAGUUAUCUCUUCUAGUGAUUCUAAGUUUGAGGUCGAAAAAGAUGUCCAAGACAUCACGCCUGUAAAAAGAUAUACUACCAAGAAGCCUCAUGUUGUUGUGCCCAAGGCGCCACUGGACAAUGUCUCUUUACAUUAUGUGAAUAAUGCUGAAAGGUAG